AUGCCCCUUUUCCUUAUUUAUUUUCUUAUUUUUGGUAUACUUUUCCAGGUUUUCUCUCGUUUCCCACUGGCUUACAAUGCCAUUUCUCUUCAUCUGGUCGAGGUCAGUCCUACCAUGCGUUCACUGCAAGAGAACGCGCUGUCGAAACUUACUUCACGAUUUAAUUUGCCCCUCCCUUCGAUCAAAUGGUACAGCGAUCUUCGGGAUAUCCCUAGACAGGUGCCAACUUUUUUGCUUGCGAAUGAGUUCCUCGACGCACUUCCGGUUCACCAAUUUCAAAAAUCCGAAGGGGAGUGGCGUGAGGUUCUUGUUGAUGUAAAUAAGACAGAAAAGGAAGCCCCCGGUCUACGUUUUGUCCUGGCUCCAAGUCAGACGUCCUCAAUAAUUGCUUAUCUUCCACUCGCUGGCGACGUCACUCACCGUGAAUUCAUCGAAAUUUGCCCUCAAGCACUGGUGCUUCUCGACGAUAUUUGUCAACGGGUUGCGGAGGAUGGAGGUGCAGCUUUACUAAUCGACUACGGUCACUUUGGUAACAAGGGCAACACGUUGCGUGCUUUCCGCAGGCACGAAGUGUGUGACCCCCUACUUGAACCUGGGAAUGUUGAUUUGACAUGCGAUGUCGACUUUUCCCUUCUGCAUCAUCGAGCGUGCUCAAUCAAACAUGCCGUGGGUGUGCAUGGACCAGAAAGCCAGGCCUACUUCCUCAUUAAUAUGGGCUUACUGACAAGAUUACAGGCUCUGUUGGCUCAGUGUGAUUCGGACGCUCGUAGUGAAGAGCUCUUGUCAGGAUGCGAAAUGUUGAUCUCUCGGGAGCAAAUGGGCGAGCGAUUCAAAUUUAUGGCCAUUGUCUCGCGCUCGAAGGACGAUGGCACGCCUCGCCUAGAGGUUCCCGGAUUUGUGGACCUCCCCGGCACACCCUAUUCCCAGCCUGCAGCCUGACUUAAUUCUCCUUAUGCUUACUCACUUUUUUUAUUUCUACAUUACCCUCUUUCAUGUAUCCAUAUUUCACAACUCUUUGUUGUUAUGCUGGUCAUGUAGGUUGGACAUUGUUGUCGGCUUUCCUACAGCGUGCUCCGUUGUCAUUCUACAGGCUGUCCGUAAGGUCUGUGCAUUUAUGACAAUUUGAUAUUUUUCAUUAAAUCCAAAUUAUUGCCAGCUUUUUUGCCUCCACAGAUUAAACAUAGUUUUAUCAAAGGAAGAAUGAGUUGAGUUGGUACUUUUAAGUGAACAUGAAAGAUGCUCAUAUCGAAAGAGCAGAUGAGUUUGAUGUACGGCUUUCGAGGAGAAUUCAAAUUGGUUUUUCGACGGUGGCGAAAGUGAUCAUUAUAUUUAAGGAAACAGGCAGCAUCAUGGACAAACCGCUUUCUGGGCGACCAAGUCAAUCAGUCAAAACUACCUCCAUUGUUGUGUCUGAAAUGUACAUAAGUCCCAAGAAACAACCGACAGGACAUCUUUGGAUUAAGGUAUUUCGAAAUCAGCCGUCUGUCAAAUCUUAAAACAGCGAAAGUUUCAUCCAUACACAUGAUAACUCUUGCAUCACUUAACAGAUGAUGACCCUGG